AUGUCACAUUCAACAUCAACAACCGACAAUUCAACAACUGCAAACGCAACUCCUAAUUUUAAUUUAAGCGAUAUAAUAUCAGAAGAGUCACCUCCAGUUUAUACACCAUAUCCAAAAUAUGGUGAAAAAUCAAUUGCUUUUGGUCCAGUGAAUCCUUUUAUACCUGACUCGUCAUACACUCCUUUAUCGCCACCGACACCACAACCAUCGCGAUUUGCAACAACAUUUAAUGCUGGUCCAUCGUUAUAUCCUUCUACUACUCAACCAAGACAAGACAUUUCACCACCACGAACGUUAGAACCUUUAAUUAAUGUUGGUCCACCACGUCAACCAGUUCCAAUACAAUUGCAACAUUCACAAAGCUCGACGACUAGAAUAAAUCUACCACCACCGCCACAACUUCCACCACAGAAUCUUUAUUAUAGAAACCAACAGCCACCAUUAUUUAUGGAUAAUUCUGGCCCACCAAGCCAACUAUCACAAUAUUCACUUCAAAAUUUUUAUUAUACGCCACAACCAAUGCAUUCUCAAAUAUCUUCUCCAAUAAAUCCUUAUGCACAAUCAUUGCUUGAAAUGAUAAAUAUGAAUAAUAAUCAUAUAUCUAAUUCUAUAUUACAAUCAAGUAAUACAUCUACUUCUACUAGACCAUUAUAUUGUUCUAAAUGUAAUAAUAAUAAUAAUAACACUACUACCGGUCAUCCAAAUGAUCAUCAAUAUAAUCAAUUAUGUUCAAGACUUGGUGACCUUUCUAUAGGAGGAUGGAUAUGUUCAAAUUGUCAAGGAACUGGUACAGAAAAACGAUUGUCGCUUGAAAGUCGUUUAUGUCCACAGUGUAAAGGCAUUGGAAGAAAAUUCAGAUAA